GAAGCAGUGGCUGCCAUGGAUGAGGAUAAACUUCCCUCUGCCCUGCCUGAUGAAGGCAGUACUGCCUGGGACCCCAACUUGGACCCAGAUGAGGAGCCUGGGGUCCAGAGUAGAACAGCAGCUGAUGAGGGCCUGGGAAGCAGCCUUGGGAGCCUGGGGCACGAGCAAAGGGGCAUGCUGGCAUGUGCUGAAGAGCCCACAAAGAACCUGGAUGUGGCUCUCCAUGGCCUCAGCCUUGGCCUCUCUCUUACCAAUGGCCUAGCCCUGGGACCAGACUUGAGCAUUCUGGAAGAUUCAACAGAAUCCAGGCCUUGGAGGACGGGUGAGCUGGCAGAGGGGGAUGAUACCCCCAGGAGCCUCUGUUCGGACACUGAAGACCCUCAGCUGGGGCUGGGAGGUCCUGGGGAGCCAGACGUGCGGGAUGGCUUCAGUGCCACAUUUGAGAAGAUUCUGGAGUCAGAGCUGCUGCGGGGCACCCAGUACAGCAGCCUCGACUCCCUAGAUGUGCUGAGCCUCACGGACGAGAGUGACAGCUGUGUCAGCUUUGAAGCCCCUCUCACACCGCUCAUCCAACAGCGGGCCCGUGAUAGCCCUGAGCCAGGGGCUGGGUUGGGCAUUGGGGACAUGGGGUGUGAGGGGGACAUGGGGGCAGUGGGUGGUGAUGGGGAGCUGGGAAGCCCCCUGCGGCGCUCCAUCUCCAGCAGCCGCUCGGAAAACGUCUUGAGCCACCUGUCUCUCACGGCUGUGCCCAAUGGAUUCCAUGAAGAUGGACCCCAGAGCCCAGGUGGGGACGAGGAUGAUGACGAUGAGGACACAGACAAGUUGCUGAACUCUGCCAGUGACGCCAGCCUGAAAGAUGGCCUGUCAGAUUCAGACUCAGAGCUGAGCAGCUCGGAGGGGCUGGAGCCUGGUAGCACAGAUCCGCUGGCCAACGGGUGCCAGGGGGUCAGUGAAGCUGCUCGCCGGCUGGCACGCCGCCUCUAUCACCUUGAGGGCUUCCAACGCUGUGAUGUGGCCCGGCAGCUGGGCAAGAACAAUGAGUUCAGCAGGCUGGUGGCUGGGGAGUACCUCAGUUUCUUCGACUUCUCAGGCCUGACUCUGGACCGAGCGCUCAGAACAUUCCUGAAGACUUUCCCACUAAUGGGGGAGACUCAAGAGCGUGAGCGGGUCCUUACACACUUCUCACGCCGGUACUGCCAGUGCAACCCUGAUGACAGCACCUCAGAAGAUGGGAUCCACACACUCACCUGUGCCCUGAUGCUGCUCAACACAGACCUGCAUGGACAUAACAUUGGCAAGAAGAUGUCCUGUCAGCAAUUCAUUGCCAACUUGGACCAGUUGAAUGAUGGCCAAGACUUUUCCAAAGAUCUGCUGAAGACCCUUUACAACUCCAUCAAGAAUGAAAAGCUGGAAUGGGCCAUUGAUGAGGAAGAGCUGAGGAAAUCUCUGUCUGAGUUGGUGGAUGACAAGUUUGGGACGGGCAUAAAGAAGGUGACACGCAUCCUGGAUGGAGGCAACCCCUUCCUGGAUGUUCCGCAGGCUCUCAGUGCCACAACUUACAAGCAUGGCGUGCUGACCCGGAAGACUCACGCUGACAUGGAUGGCAAGAGGACGCCCCGUGGGAGGCGUGGCUGGAAGAAAUUCUACGCGGUGCUCAAAGGGACCAUCCUUUACUUGCAGAAGGAUGAGUACAGACCUGAUAAAGCUCUGUCAGAGGGUGACUUGAAGAAUGCCAUUCGCGUGCAUCAUGCUCUGGCCACCAGGGCCUCUGACUACAGCAAGAAGUCCAAUGUGCUCAAGCUGAAGACGGCCGACUGGAGGGUCUUCCUCUUCCAGGCACCAAGCAAGGAAGAAAUGCUGUCCUGGAUCCUUAGGAUCAAUCUAGUGGCAGCCAUCUUCUCAGCCCCAGCCUUCCCAGCUGCUGUCAGCUCCAUGAAGAAGUUCUGUCGGCCCUUGUUGCCUUCCUGUACCACUCGCCUCUGCCAGGAGGAGCAGCUGCGGUCUCAUGAGAAUAAGCUGAGACAGGUGACUGCAGAGCUGGCUGAGCACAGGUGUCACCCAGUUGAGAGGGGCAUCAAGUCCAAGGAGGCUGAGGAGUCCCGGCUGAAGGAGCACUAUCUCACGUUUGAGAAAAGCCGUUAUGAGACCUAUAUCCACCUCCUGGCUGUGAAAAUCAAAGUGGGUUCAGAUGACCUGGAGCGGAUUGAGGCCCGCCUGGCCACCCUGGAAGGGGAUGACCCUGCUCUCCGGAAGACACACUCAAGCCCUGCCCUCAGCCAAGGCCACGGGCCUGUGACUGGCAGCAAAGCCACAGUGGAUGCCACUGGGCAUGAUACUUAG